GCCCCCAGUUAUGAAUGAGAACAGCGAUCAAUAGCGAAACGGACCGACCAACAGUCUCACCCACCAUCUUGAUGGACUAAGUCGAACAGGUGGCUCCUCUGAAAGGGUAAGGUAGAGACAAUGGGGGUUUUUUCCCUCAUUUUAUUUGGAGCAUUCGCCGUACUCACUUCAGCAUAUUACCCUCCAUUUAAAGAGAGUGGCCUUGGAGAUGUUUUGAUGCGUGAGGUGAUGGAUAAAACUGGGCAAGAUUUGGAAAACUAUCUUGAGGAUUUAGACCCCAGCAUGAACUACCUUCAGCUUAUUUCACGGUCUUACAAGGAUUCUGAUUACCAGGAUAGCCCCAGCCCAAGAGAUCACGAGUAUUUGCAGCACAGCUCCCUUUGGGCAAAUCUCAUGCAAGGGUCAAAUGAAAAUGAGGAAACAGGACCACAAAUGGCAAUGCUUGGAAAUCAGAAACAGCUGAAUAGAAAACAGGACAAUCUUCCAGCGUAUUGCAAUCCACCUAAUCCUUGCCCAAUAGGGUAUACUGGUGAAGAGGGCUGCCUGGAAGAAUUUGAGAACACGGCCAGUUUUAGCAGAGACUACCAGAGCCAGCAGGAAUGCAUGUGUGACACUGAACAUAUGUUUGACUGCAGUGCGUCGCACAUGAACAAUGACCUCUCCCAAUCAGAUUUGAGUCGGAUUGUACAACAGUUCCAUGUAGAAGAUGAACACAAAUCUCUUGUGGCUAAAAAAUUUCAUGUCAAGAAGUCUUACAACCCUUAUCUGAUGGGAGAGAAGCUUCCUGUGGCUGCCAAGAAAGGCUUACGAGUUAGAUACUAACCACAGUAAAUUGCAACAUUCACUUUUUAAGACUCUG